AUGUGUGGAAUCUUCGGAUACUGUUCAUUCCUUGUUGAAAAGGAUAGGAAAUACGUUUGUGAUGUGUUGUGUAACGGUUUAGCUCGUCUUGAAUAUAGAGGAUACGAUAGUGCUGGUAUCGGAAUUGAUGGAGAUACCCCAACCUCACCGUUGAUUAUGUUCAAGACCGUUGGAAAAGUCGCUUCUCUCAGGAAAGAUAUCGCAGAGGCUACUGCUACCCCUUCACCCGCUGAAGCAAAUACCGCCGAACCCCAAAAAGUAGACAUGAAAAAGGUAUUCUUGUCUCAAACUUCUAUGGCUCAUACCAGAUGGGCGACACACGGUGUACCUUCCAACACGAAUUGUCAUCCUCACGUCUCUAACGCUCUAACCGAAUUCAGCUUGGUCCACAACGGUAUCAUCACCAACUACAAAGAACUCAAACUCGUCCUCUUGAAACGAGGUUACACCUUCCACACUGACACCGACACCGAAGCCGUCGCUGUGCUCUGUAAAUACGUUUGGGAUAGUCAACCUCACAAGAGAUUGAACUUUACUGAACUCAUCAAGACCGUUAUCAAGGAGCUCGAAGGGUCCUUCGCCUUCGUCUUCAAAUCCACUCAUUUCCCUGACGAGAUUGUCGCUGCUCGACGAGGGUCCCCCUUACUCAUCGGUGUCAAGACAGAUAGGAAGUUGAAGGUCGAUUUUGUAGAUGUAGAAUUGCCUACAAACGAGGAGCGAGUUGACGGUGUCGAAGCCGGUGGUCUGCUUGCUGUGCCCAACUCCGUGGCUGAUGGACAUGGUGCCGCUGGACCCAAACUCAGAAGAUCCCAAUCGAGAGCUUUCCUUUCUGAAGAUGGCAUGCCUCAACCUAUCGAAUUCUUCGUUGCUUCCGAUGCUAGUGCCGUUAUUGAACACACCAAGAGAGUAUUGUACCUCGAAGACGAUGACAUCGCCCACAUUGCCGAGGGAGAGCUCCACAUCCACCGACUUCGAAGAGACGACACCGUAUCUUCUGUUCGAGCCAUCGAACACCUGGAAAUCGAACUUGCCGAGAUCAUGAAGGGACAAUACGACCACUUCAUGCAAAAAGAAAUCUACGAACAACCAGAAUCCGUUGUCAACACCAUGCGAGGAAGAGUCAAUUUCGACACUCGACAAGUACUGUUGGGUGGUCUCAAGGCCUAUCUUCCAGUAAUCCGACGAGGUCGACGAUUGCUAUUCGUCGCCUGUGGUACUUCUUAUCACUCUUGUAUCGCCGUUCGAGGUGUCUUCGAGGAACUCACCGAUAUACCAGUCGCUGUCGAAUUAGCAUCUGAUUUCCUUGAUCGACGAACUCCAGUGUUCAGAGACGAUGUGGCUAUCUUCGUUUCUCAAUCCGGUGAAACUGCCGAUACCAUCCUUGCCAUGCGAUACUGUCUCGAGCGAGGUGCCUUGUGUUUAGGUGUAGUCAACACAGUUGGUUCGACCUUGUCUAGAGAGACUCACGCCGGUAUCCAUAUCAACGCCGGACCCGAGAUCGGUGUAGCUUCAACCAAAGCUUAUACCUCUCAAUAUGUCGCUUUGGUCAUGAUGGCCGUUCAAUUAUCUGACGAUUCGAUCCUCAAGACCGCCAGAAGACAACAGAUCAUUGAUGGUCUCCAUGAUAUCCCCGCUCAAAUUAGGAAAGUCCUAGCUAUGGAUAAAGCCCUGCAAGAGAUGGCUAAGAGCAUGUUGGCCAAGGAGAAGAGUUUGUUAAUUAUGGGUAGAGGAUACCAAUACGCGACUUGUCUGGAAGGUGCUUUGAAGAUCAAGGAGGUCUCGUAUAUGCACUCUGAAGGUAUCUUGGCGGGAGAAUUGAAACAUGGUCCUCUUGCUUUGGUCGAUGAACAUCUUCCUGUAAUCUUCAUCAUGACUCGAGACUCUCUUUACCCUAAAGUCCAAUCUGCUUUAGCACAAGUGACUGCCAGAAAGGGCCGACCCAUCAUCAUCUGUAACGAAGAUGACGAGACAGUCUCCGACGCAGCUAAAUGUAUCAGAGUACCUCAAACCGUUGAUUGCUUACAAGGUUUAAUCAACGUCAUACCACUUCAACUAUUAUCUUACCACUUGGCCGUCAUGAACGGUGUCGACGUUGAUUUCCCUAGGAACUUGGCUAAAUCAGUAACCACCGAGUAA